AUGGGAUUUUUGGCAGAUUACAACUGUAGGAUUGUGUAUAGGCCGGGCGCACAGAAUAGAAAAGCAGAUAUUCUCUCUCGCCGUGAAGACCACAAGUCUGCGGUUAAAGAGGGGGGUGAAACCCCUGUGCUCAUAAGCCCAGAGCUUUUUAUUGCAGCUAUUCAAACAGAUAGUGACCUUAAUGAUCUAAUAAGGGACGCUCUGCAUGAUGAUAAAGCUGUAUACAAAAUCCUUAAAUCCUUGGAAGAGGACAUACCUGUUAAAGGAUGGAAACUUGAUAAUGGCUUACUCUACUAUCAUGACCGGAUUUAUGUCCCUAAUGAGCCAGAAAUCAGGAAAGCCAUCUUAGAAAGCAGGCAUGAUAACCCUUCCACUGGGCACCCAGGACAGUUCAGAACCCUAGACCUCCUUUCAAGGGAUUACUACUGGUCAGGGAUGAAACAAUCUGUAACAAAAUAUGUCCAAGCAUGCGACUCAUGCAUACGCAGCAAACACUCCAACCGGGCUCCUGAAGGUCUCCUUCAAAACAUAGAUUUACCCAAUAAGCCCUGGGAGGAAAUAACGUAUGACUUGAUUGUAGGACUCCCCACCUCAGAAGGAUAUGAUGCAAUAUUAACAGUAGUGGACCGAUUAUCCAAAAUGGUCCAUUUUAUACCAACGCACUCUGAUGCUACUGCUGUUGAUGUUGCAAACCUCUUUGUAUCCUUUGUGUGGAAGUUACAUGGGUUACCCAGGAAAACCAUUUCGGACCAAGGCCCCCAAUUUAAUGCAAAAUUCCUGAGACAAGUCUACAAGCGGUUGGGGAUAGAACCACAUUUCUCCACUGCAUACAGACCACAAGUUGAUGGACAAAGUGAACGCUUAAACCAGUUUGUGGAAAUUUACCUACGCCACUACAUCAACUAUAGACAAACAGACUGGGUUGCAUCACUACCACUUGCGGAAUUUGCAUACAAUAAUGGGAAACACUCAGGCUCCAAACACUCUCCCUUCUACAUGUGCUAUGGUUAUAAUCCAGACUUCACAGUUGGAAACACCAAGGAAAGCCAUGUCCCCCAAGCCGACGACCUAGCAGACUUCCUGAAAGAAAUCCAAACUGAAGCAAAAGCUGCUUUAGAAAUUGCUGCAAGACAAAAUGCGCAAUACUAUGAUUUAAACAGAAGGGAAGCAACCAAGCUGGAAGUUGGUGAUAAAGUUUAUUUGAGUAGUGCCAACAUCAAAACUUCAAGGCCUUCCCAUAAGCUAGAACAUAAGCGAUUGGGGCCCUACAAGGUCUUGGAGAAAAUUGGCAGGAACUCUUAUAAACUGGAUCUCCCUAAAUCCAUGAAAGUCCAUCCUGUCUUCAACAUUGCCCUAUUACACAAAAAACCAGUAGACAAGUAUGACCGUGAUCCAGUCCCACUCCCCCCAGUUGUCACAGCUGAUGGAGAAGAGGAAUAUACUGUGGAAAGGAUCCUAGACUCCAAGAAAGAUAACACAUGGGAGCCCAAGGCCCACUUAGCCAAUGCCCCUGAAAAAUUGGCUAAGUUUCACCGUGAACAUCCAGAGGCAGCUGGACCUUAA